GUCCAAUUGAGGCUCUCUCUCAGUGAGCAUUAUUCUGAGUGAAGACUUAGCAUUUAUUUUGUGUAUUUUGUUUUCAUAUCCUUCAGAAUGACCACCGACUUUUCAUACCCAACUCCUGAGCUGCAGGCCGAGCUGAAGAAGACUGCUGAAGCCAUCGUCGCUCCUGGCAAAGGCAUCCUGGCUGUUGAUGAGGCUAAUGAUGGCAUCGGCAAACUCCUGGCUGCUGUGGGAUUGGAGAACACAGAAAACAACAGGAGGAUAUAUCGCCAGCUCUUGUUCACUUCAGACAAGGCUCUCUCCGACCACAUAUCCGCCGUGAUUCUCUUCGAUGAGACGGUCUACCAGAAGACUGACGAUGGCCAGUCCUUCAUCGAGGUGUUGCAGAAGAAGAACAUCAUCCCCGGCAUCAAGGUUGACAAGGAUGUGGUGCCUCUGUUCUUGUCUGAAGACGAGGUGACCACCCAAGGUCUUGACGACUUGGCCACUCGCUGCGCUGAGUACAAGAAGCAAGGGUGCCGAUUCGCCAAGUGGCGGUGUCCACUGAAGAUCGGAGCCCACACUCCUUCAGACCAGGCCAUAAAUGACACUGCCCAUAUCCUGGCCAGAUACGCCUCGAUAUGCCAGAGCCAGGGGCUGGUGCCGAUUGUGGAGCCAGAUGUGCUGUUAGAUGGUGACCAUGACAUUGUGAGGACUCAGAAGGUGACAGAGGUAGUUCUUGCAGCAGUCUACAAAGCACUGAAUGACCACCAUGUGUACCUUGAGGGUACUUUGCUGAAGCCUAACAUGGUAACUCCUGGUCAGGGCUAUACCCCUAAAAGUACUCCAGAAGAAAUUGCAGCAGCGACUGUCACUGCGUUUCUGAGGAGUAUUCCAGCUGCUGUACCUGGCAUUACGUUCCUCUCCGGUGGCCAGUCUGAAGAAGAAGCAACCCUGAACCUGAACGCCAUCAACAAGGUCCAGAUGAAGAAACCCUGGACUCUGACCUUCAGUUACGGGCGAGCUCUCCAAGCUUCCGUCUGGAAGACCUGGGCUGGAAAAGAUGUCAAUGUGAAGAAGGCGCAAGAAGAAUUGUUGAAAAGGGCCAAGGCUAACGGUCUGGCAUCUUUGGGAAGGUACGAUGGUUCACUGACAUCAGCUGCAGGGGCCAAGUCCAACUUUAGCGCGAAUCAUACUUAUUAAUGAUAGAGCAAUGUAAAAAGUCAAUAUAUAAAA